UUAGUGUCGUCAAUGGGAAGCACGCGAGACGGUGGCAAAGCGAGUUACGGUCUACAUUGAAAACACCGCGGCUGCACCAUGCUCUCCAGGUCCAUCCCGUAUCUGUGGAUUACAGUUUGCCUUCAUUUAUUCUGUCAUGUAGACAGCGGGGAAGCGCAGAAUGCGAAGGAAGUGAUUCUGCUGGACUCCAAGGCACAGCAGACAGAACUGGAGUGGAUCUCCUAUCCUCCCAAUGGGUGGGAAGAGAUCAGCGGCUUGGACGAGAACUAUACUCCCAUUCGCACAUACCAGGUUUGCCAAGUCAUGGAGCCCAAUCAGAAUAAUUGGCUUCGGACUAACUGGAUAGAGAAGGGCAAUGCCCAGAGAAUUUUUGUGGAACUGAAGUUCACCUUGAGGGAUUGUAACAGCCUACCCGGUGUGGUGGGCACGUGCAAGGAGACGUUCAACUUGUAUUACCAGGAAACAGAUUCCGAGGUGGGCAGGAGCUUACGAGAGAACCAGUAUGUGAAAAUUGACACGAUCGCCGCGGAUGAAAGCUUCACCCAGGGUGACUUGGGCGAGAGGAAGAUGAAGCUGAAUACAGAAGUACGCAUAAUUGGCCCCCUGUCCAGGCGUGGCUUCUACCUGGCCUUCCAGGAUGUAGGGGCGUGCAUCGCUCUGGUCUCUGUCAAAGUGUAUUACAAGAAGUGCUGGUCUAUCAUCGAGAACCUGGCCACGUUCCCGGACACUGUGACGGGGUCGGAGUUCUCCUCGCUGGUGGAGGUCGAAGGCAUGUGCGUGAGCGACGCCGAGGAGGAGGCAGACAACUCUCCCAAGAUGCACUGCAGCGCCGAAGGGGAAUGGCUGGUGCCCAUUGGGAAAUGUAUAUGCAAGGCUGGAUUUCAUCAGAAGGGGGACGCGUGUGAACCGUGCGGCCGUGGUUUCUACAAGUCUUCCUCCCAGGAUCUUCAGUGCUCUCGCUGUCCGGCACACAGCUUCAACGACCGCGAGGGCUCCUGGCGCUGCGACUGUGAGGAUGGCUACUACCGAGCCCUCUCUGACCCUCCGUCUGUGGCCUGCACGAGACCUCCCUCAGCGCCACAGAACAUAGUCUACAACAUCAACCAGACCACCAUUAACCUGGAGUGGGGCCCGCCGGCUGACACGGGCGGCCGCAACGACGUCACCUACAGGGUUAUAUGCCGGCGUUGCAGCUGGGAACCAGAGGAGUGUGUUCCAUGUGGGCCCAAUGUGGGAUACUCUCCCGCGCAGUCAGGAUUAGUGGACACUUACGUGACCAUCGUGGACCUGCUCGCCCACGCCAACUACACUUUUGAGGUGGAGGCUGUCAACGGGGUGUCGGACCUGAGCCGCACACAGAGGCUGUUUGCAGCGGUUAGCAUCGCUACUGGUCAAGCAGCUCCGUCCCAGGUCAGCGAAGUCAUCAAGGAGAAAGUGCAGCAGCGCAGCAUCCAGCUCUCCUGGCAGGAGCCCCACCAACCCAAUGGCGUCAUCACAGAAUACGAGAUCAAAUACUACGAAAAAGAUCAGAAGGACCGAAUCUACUCCACGGUGAGGUCCAAGUCCACAUCAGCCACAGUGAACAACCUGAAGCCCAGCACUGCCUACGUGUUCCAGAUCAGGGCCUUCACAGAGGCAGGGUACGGCACCUAUGGGCCCAGAUUAGAGAUAACCACCAAGGAGGAGGCCACAGCUGCGAUUGUCUCCAGCGAGCAGAACCCCGUCAUCAUCAUCGCGGUGGUGGCCGUGGCGGGGACCAUCAUCCUGGUGUUCAUGGUGUUUGGCUUCAUCAUCGGGAGAAGGCACUGCGGGUACAGCAAAGCCGAUCAGGAGGGAGACGAGGAGCUCUACUUCCAGUUCAAAUUUCCAGGCACCAAAACCUACAUUGACCCUGAAACCUAUGAGGACCCAAACAGGGCUGUCCAUCAAUUUGCCAAGGAGCUGGAUGCCUCCUGCAUUAAAAUUGAGCGGGUUAUUGGAGCAGGAGAGUUCGGGGAGGUGUGCAGCGGUCGGCUCAAGCUGCCCGGGAAGCGGGAUGUGUCGGUCGCAAUCAAGACUUUAAAAGUGGGCUACACGGAGAAGCAGAGGCGGGACUUCCUGUGCGAGGCCAGCAUUAUGGGGCAGUUUGACCACCCCAACGUCGUCCAUCUGGAGGGAGUUGUCACAAGAGGAAAACCAGUGAUGAUUGUCAUCGAGUACAUGGAGAACGGCUCAUUAGAUGCUUUCCUCAGGAAACACGACGGUCAGUUCACAGUCAUCCAGUUGGUGGGGAUGCUGCGGGGCAUAGCGGCAGGGAUGAGAUACCUCUCUGAUAUGGGAUACGUCCAUCGAGAUCUGGCUGCACGAAACAUCCUCGUCAACAGCAACCUCGUAUGUAAAGUGUCGGACUUCGGCCUGUCAAGGGUGAUAGACGACGAUCCCGAGGCUGUCUACACAACAACUGGUGGCAAAAUACCUGUCCGAUGGACCGCGCCAGAAGCCAUACAGUAUCGUAAAUUCACCUCUGCAAGUGACGUGUGGAGUUAUGGCAUUGUCAUGUGGGAGGUCAUGUCCUAUGGGGAACGGCCUUACUGGGACAUGUCCAACCAAGACGUCAUAAAGGCAAUAGAGGAGGGCUACCGUCUUCCAGCCCCGAUGGACUGUCCACCAGGCCUGCAUCAGCUAAUGCUGGACUGCUGGCAGAAAGACAGAGCCGAACGUCCCAAAUUUGAUCAGAUAGUUGGCAUCCUUGAUAAGAUGAUCCGCAACCCUAACACCUUGAAAACCCCAGUGGGAACAUGUACAAGACCAAUUAGUCCACUGCUGGAUCAGAGCACACCAGACUUCACCGCUUUCCGCUCAGUGGGAGAGUGGCUGGAAGCCAUCAAGAUGGAGCGAUACAGAGACAACUUCACAGCAGCUGGCUACAGUUCCCUGGAAUCUGUGGCCAGGAUGUCAAUUGAGGACGUGAUGAGCUUGGGGAUCACGCUGGUGGGCCAUCAGAAAAAGAUUAUGAGCAGCAUACAGACUAUGAGAGCCCAGAUGCUGCAUCUCCACGGCACGGGUGUACAGGUGUGACGGACUGCGAAGGGGCCGCGUUGAGCAGGGUGAAAACAAAACAGAACUUAUCUGGAGCAGUGCCUGGGACGUAACCGGGAUAAUCGUCAAAGUAAACGGACAUCUGUUAUGUCUGACUCUUCCGGCUGUGUCUGGAGCGAAAUCAUUCCUGUGUUCCUCAGUGAAGGAUUGUGGUCCGCCUCUUCGAUGGACAAUUAAAGAGAGGAAAAGGGCAAAAUACAGCAACAAAAAAAAGAACCUACCUGGAGAAACGACUUCCUUUUUUGUUAUGUUUUUUAGAAGCGCUUAUGAAUUCAACCACAUAUCAAAUGGCGCAUAGGAAAGGAGUUUGACACUUAGGUUUCUUUAACUUAAUGAUUUAAGUGCACACCAUGGCUAUGGAUUUCCUUUAAAAUGAACAAAAAAAAAACUUGUCUACUUGCAGUGGUUUUACUUGUUCCUUUUUCUAAUUUGUUAAUUUUCUUUCCGUCUGCCACAGUGACAUGUUGUGGCCCAAACAGCGGUUGUUCUUUUAUCUUCUAUUUAGACUUGACAACAGGGUAAACUCUUUUAUCCAAACACAGAGGGAACUUUUUAGAUGCAGACUCAAAGGUACUUACGUGCUGACACAUGCUGGACUGUUUGAACUGUUUGCAGUGACUCGUGUUUUCCUUCAUGUGCUGUUGAAGUGAAAAUGGUAUCCUCACAUGCUUGUUUUCAGCCCGCAGGAGUGGGCUUUUGACGUGGUUUUCAACCUUUCAAAUUUUUGGAUUGAGUGUAACACAGAGGAGACGCAGGAGGCGAAUUGUACUUCAAAUCACCGGAUUUUUAUAACAGAGUAGCAAUAUCCUUUGUCUCGUGUUCACUACAGGAAAUGCAGAACAGUUAUUGAGUAGAAUGUGGCAGCACUGUUGAAAGAUUGUGUUAAAAUUGAAGCCACCGCAAAUUGUUUUGCCAUCAUUUUGCCUAAAAUGUUGCACACAGUGUUUGUUUUGGUGCAUUGUUUUAGCUGCAAAUACAAUUUUUAAGAGUGGAUACAAAAAAAGGUGUUGACGUAAUACUGCCUUAAAAUGUGUUAGAUUAAGUAUUGCCACUAUUUUAGGCACUUAAAUGGCAAUGCUUUAUGUGGUUCAUUUAAAGGGCGAACAAGCUCCCUACUUUUUUGUUUACCUUGUAGUGUGAUGUCUUUUUAUCUGGAACUUGAACUGGUGUAAUCAAGUGCACGGGAACGGUUCAAUGCCACGAGUGACACAGUCAGCGAAGAAGAGAUAGACUAAACAGAGCAAUAAUUACCAGGUAGAAAUGGUCCUCACCUGAGAUUUUUUUUAAGGUGCUAGGUUUUAUCGCAUGUGUGUGCUGUGCUGAGACAACCCCUUUGGAAAGAUUCAGUCACCGCUGGAAAGGAAAAGAACGUAACUCUUUGACAUAAAAGCGUUUUGGAAAGUGCUUGGAAAACUGCCGUGCCAAGUCAUCAAAUGAAAUAAUCAUGUCGUGUUUUGCCACUGUAAUACGCUAAACGUUUGAUGUAAAUCUAACAUGGCACGGAAAUGUUGAAUUGAGUGGCUGCGGAGAUGAAAGAGGCACCAUUCGAAACACUACAAAGGUGCCAAUUAGUCAUGCUGACAUCAUCUUCCAACACCCAAUGUGCCGCCCAGAAAUCAAAAAGCCCCUUCAGGGUUUGGGUCUGAAAAUGCGGGACCAGACGACGGAGCCCGAGUCAGACUGCGCUGUUAAAUCCCACUGUCCUGGCUCUGUAGGCGGCCCUGCAGCUUCCUUGUUUAUUCAUGCGUCUCUGCCGCUCAUCCCCUCACAGGCGUAGAUGUGACGGAACAUGCAUUAAAGUGUCUCUUAAGAUUGCUCCUCUUUUCUUCCAUACGGCUCUGCAGAAGAUGUGCUAAAAGCCAAUCAACCCAUUCGGUGCCAUCUGUCUCCACCUCAAAUGCAAGAAAAGAAGAAAGUUUCCAUGUAUAGGGUGUUUUAGUGCAGUACUCUUUGAUAAGAACAUGCAGUUAUUCAGCUGUCAUGUAAAGAGGAGUGGUGUUCACACGAGGAAACCAUUAUAACCAUUUUCUUUUACUGCAGCUGUAACCUGAGAGAUAAAUCUAUAUUUUCAAAGCUACGCUCACUUCUUUCAGCUUUUUGCAUCUCAAAUGCAUAGAAAAAGCAUAAUCCCACCAGGAAGCAACCUUGAGCCAUUAAACCAUUAGCAGCUUUCUCCAUGCCCUCCAUUGUCUGAGCAUCCACAUUAAGCCAGCCACAUUUGAGAAGACAUCUUUUUCUCUCCGUUUUGGCCCUCUGACCAGACUAAGGGUCUCCAAGGCGGAUAAAAAAAGGCAAGGAAAACUAGGAAGAUGUAAGCCCACCUAGACACUAUCAUUUGGGCAUAACCCUCAUUUUAAGCUGUCACCUCUAAAGGGGUAGCCAAUAGUCCUAAAACAAACUGUAUUAAAACACUGUAUAAAUGAUCACAGAAAGCAGGAGGUUGAACUAACUUUGUCUGUGCCACAGGCAGUUUCGUUGUUCGCCAAACGAUAGAAGACAGAGAUCUUAAAGGAAAUGACCUGAACAAGCUUAUGUGGAUGCAUGUCAUUGUUAGCCGUAAACUCUGUUUAAGUUAUCCAGCUUAGUCUGGACAUAGAUCCACUUUCACCUUUGUGAGGAGACACCAGGAAUUAGCCCUGACCAGCUCGGAAACCCCUGUGUCACACACACCCUCCCCCUUUAUCCAUACAGCAGAGCUCAGCAAUUGGGCCUUGGCCAGACCUUUGAAUUGAAUACUGGCAUAAAGUCAUUCUGUCAGCACAAAACUCCCCAGUUCACAGGCAGCACUCUCUCUCUCACCCCCACUCCCCCUCUCUGAUUUUAAAACCGGGCCCCUGGAGGCCUCUCACACCCCAGGGUAGAAUGCCUCUGUCCCCUUUUUUCCUGUGCUGGGGAAACAGCAGUUUGAGCCAAAUUGAGAUUAAGGCCAGGAUACAAUCGAUUCAGCGUCCAAAUCACCUGUAACCUUCAGCAACAAAAGUCACUUUACUGUCUGUUUCAGCUUGUUUCAUUCACAUUUUAAACUUCAGGUUGCUCAACUCUGGACAAAAAAAAAAAGUUUUGUUGUGCAAAAAACAAAAAAAAGAAUAAAAAAUGUAAAAAAGACAAAAAACCUGCAGGAUGUAGAGGGUCGGUUGGAAUCAGGAAUAGCAGAUAGAGUAUGAAGUUAUUUUUCAAAUCUUGUGGGUCAGCAGUUGGAAGUUAGUUUCACCACUUCGGCGAGGUGGUGGAUAAUUCCAAAGAGCGCAGCACUGUUGAUUGUGUCAGAAAGAGGAGAGAUUUGAGGGAAUCUUUGUAUAUGUUCUAAUUGUAAAACUUGUACAUUUUAUUUAUAUUGUUUUUUACACAUAUUACUCAGUAGAGAGCUCUGAAUACAUUGAAAAUGCACUAUAUUUUUCUAUCUUGCAGAUGAAUUAUUGUCACCCACAAGAUUUCAGUUGUACAUAAUUUUUUUCAUUUAGGACCAAAGACAGCUGAUAGGAUUUCCAUCUUUACUUUGACGUUGUUUUGAUUUGCCUUUUAGUUUGUUGUACAGUAAUAAAAUUGUCAAUUUAUUAUUUAUUUUUCUGUGAUGAAAGUAUUGAGAAUAUUCACUGGUCAAAAGUAUUUUCCCCAACAGCAGAAAUGUAAGAUCAUUUAAUUAGACAAUUUCUUGUUACAUAGACAAUUCUUUUUGCUUUGUAACCUUUGUAAUAGACUGUACAUAUAUUUUUGGAAAUAUAAUACAAUCUCUAUAGAA